GAGGAGGAGGAGGAAAGGAGAGAAGGAGGAGUUGCCAUUACGAUCAGAUCGGAUGUGUAAGUAUCGGAAGCAGAAAGAAAACACAACAGAGCAGAGAGACCACAGACACAGACAGUCCUCAGAGGUUGGAGGGCUCUGAGCUGCUGCACUUUGCAAUGGAAAUCCAUCCAAUUUAAGGCUUUGAAAUUGGACUUCACGUCUCCUGUUACCACCACCUAUUUCCCUGAGGAUAAGAUAAUAAGAUAAUUAUCCUUGCAUUCGGUAACAGCACCUUUCACAUCGGAAGACGUCCCAGAGUGCUUCACGGAUUCACUGUGAGGACGAAUGACGUGGGCAGAAGAGAGGGUGUGUGGCUAAAAUCGUCCCUGCUCUACCAGAGAAGUCGACAGCGUUCUUCUGUUCGCUACUGGGUCCUGCGACCCUCAAGCCGGUUUCGAUGAGUUCCCGGAGCCAAGGUUUCUUCCACCGCAACCCACCUGGGCCUUCUUCCAAACCCCGCUUGGUGACCGCGGUGGGCCUGGGCGGAAUCGCUCAAAUCACCCCGUGUCUCUACCUCAGCAGCGGCAACGCAGCCUCGAACCGUAACCUGGUCCUGUCCAAGGGAAUCACCUGCAUCAUCAACGCCACCAUGGAGAUCCCCAAUCCCACCUGGCCCGAGAUCGAGUACGUCAAAGUGCCUGUCGCCGACCUGCCACACGCUCCCAUCGCUCUGUAUUUCGACAGCAUCGCGGACAAGAUCCACAACAUCAACAAGAAGCACGGCUCGGCUCUGGUGCACUGCGUGGCGGGGGUGAGCAGGUCAGCCUCUCUCUGUAUCGCCUACCUGAUGAAGUUUCACAAGGUCUCGCUGCUGGAGGCUCACAACUGGGUCAAAUCUCGCCGCCCCAUCAUCCGCCCCAACGUAGGCUUCUGGAGGCAACUGAUCGAGUACGAGCGCAAACUGUUUGGCAAGAACAGCGUCAAGAUGGUUCAGUCUCCCAUUGGGGUGAUCCCCGACAUUUACGAAAAGGAAACCAGAAACCUCACCCCCUUCUGGGGGAUUUAAACACCGUUUCGAGGGCCUUUUUUUGGUACAUAAAGGAUUUGAACGGUCUCUCAGGCAGGCGAUGGUAAAGAACCGCCCCCAUCUUAGAAGGAUUUGACGUGACUUGUUCCGUGUCCUGUAGGCUCCUCGAACAAACCGGUUACCAAACAGGUGAUUCAAAAAUACUGUAAAUGCGUUUCAAGAGUUUGCAGCAGCCCCCUUUUGAGCGAGGGCUAUAUGCAAGGUAAUAUUGACAUUGAUUUGUAUUUAUUUUUUAAAAUACCGCUGUAUUUCUAGAAAUGUAAACCUUAAUCCAUCUUUGGGUUUUUACUACUUACGGUCCUGCUCCUCGUGUAAUUGUUUUCUGCCGUUUUUAACACUGAUGCUGAACGUCUCGCCUCGCGAACAAGCGAGUUAAGUUAGCAAAGAGCGGUUCUGUAUUGAGCAAAGCAGCUUUCUCCCCCCCACCCCCCACCCACAACUCCACUCCCCGUCUCUGAGUCACCACUGCUGUUAUGAAAUGGAGAGGAUUCCAGAAAACUGGGUCUAAUUUGUGGUAUUUCUUGACCCAUUUUACCUUCUCUUGUUGUUUCGGAAAUUGGACAACUCUUAUCCUUCAUCCCAAUCCAGUGGUUUAAGAAUCCACCCAAUUACACGUUCCCUUUUUUUUUUAAAAAAAAUUACUGACGGGGAACACCGCAAAACAGAUGGAACUUGUGUCCGCGCGUGCGCGCGUGUGUGUGUGUUUUUAAUAUGUUUUAAACAAAAAGACGAAGCUGUAAAAUGUAAUUAGUUCAAAUACGACUUGACUUGCUGGUCGGAGGUGUGUAAAUCACACAAGCACCUCGCCAACAAGUACCGAAGGUGUGCGAGAGCUGAAAGUGUCGUGAUGCCUGUUGGGUGUAGGAAUUAUUUCCCAACACAACCAAGGACGAGAAAAUUCCUUGUCUCCCCUUUUACAAACAAUAAAGAGUUGGAAUGAGUCGUG